GAUUUUCUUUUUCUGUGUUAUUGUUUCUAACAUUAAUUGACACUUUUUGCAGGGUUUCUUUGUGAGGGAUCUUCUUUGUACUCUUAGAGAAUGACUCGCGGAAACCAGAGAGAUCGUGACCGGGAGAGAGCUAUGGCUAGGAAUGGUUCUAAGACGAAAUCCAAAGACGAUGGCUUGACCCCUGAACAACGCCGAGAAAGGGAUGCAAAAGCUCUUCAAGAGAAGGCAGCGAGGAAAGCCGCACAAGCUGCAUCGGGAGGGGACGCGGGAGGUAAAAGUAAUAACAAAAACAACAAGAAAUAACA